CUGCAUCUAACCGUUAGUGGUGAGUGCAUUUGUAUCGCAUUCUUGCUCAAGAAUUCCACUAAAUCAUCUUCUAUCAGUGAGACAGAACCAUGAACGGUGACGGUUUGCAAGCGCGCCUCUUGAGCCCCGGAAAUGAGCCGGAGGUUGAUUUGAAGGAGAAAGUUUAUGUGGAGUCCAAGAAAAUAUGGAGGGUUGCAUUCCCUAGUGUUAUUUCUCGAGUUUCUUCUUUUGGUACCAUUGUAGUCACGCAGUCGUUUAUUGGCCACAUAAGCUCGGUCGAUCUUGCUGGUUACGCCCUUGUUCAGACCUUGCUCGUGCGAUUCGUGAAUGGGAUUCUGAUUGGAAUGUCAAGUGCAACUGAGACUCUCUGUGGUCAAGCAUAUGGGGCGAAGCAGUACCACAUGAUGGGCAUUUUCUUGCAACGGUCGUGGAUCGUGGAUCUUCUCUCAAUGACUAUAUUAUUGCCUCUCUUUCUCUUCGGAAGUCCCAUCUUUAGGCUACUUGGUCAGGAAGAGGAUAUUGCAGUGUCUGCCGGAUAUAUUUCACUGUGGUUUAUCCCCUUCAACUAUGCCAUUGUGUUUGCAUUGACAAUUCAAAUGUAUCUGCAAGCACAGCAAAAGAACAGGAUCAUAGCUUACCUGUCGGUUCUACAAUUCAUAGUCCACUUCCCUCUAUCAUAUCUAUUCGUCUACAUUCUCGAAUGGGGAGUUGGGGGUGCUAUGCUUGCACUAAACAUGUCUCAGUGGGUCACGAUUAUUGGAGAGUUCAUACACAAAACUAGUACAAAAAGUGAUAUU